AGUCAUUAACGAAUUUUCUCGUCCAAACUCCCCCACGAUGUUUACCUCGAUGUGGAACAGCUGAUCAUGCCUUAGCUCCCUGAGUUUUCGGUUAUUUCAGAUGGAAGAAUGCUCUACUUCUGCCCAACAUGUGGUAAUCUCCUUAUUGUGGAGGAGGGAUCUCAGGGUAUGCGAUUUUCAUGCGUCACCUGUGCGUACGUGUUCCCUGUCAAGAGAUGUGUCUCGUACAAGAUUUACCCCAAGCUGAAGGCUCUAGAUGACGUGUUAGGUGGGUCAGCUGCCUGGAAGAACGUAGACUCCACCGAUGAGCCCUGCCCCAAGUGCACCCAUCCCCGUGCAUUCUUUAUGCAAGUGCAGACCAGAUCAGCUGAUGAGCCUAUGACAGUCUUCUACAAGUGCUGUUCGCCUGCCUGUGGACAUCGCUGGAAGGAAUAACCUAAUUCACACAAGAAGCUUUUGUUCCACUCCUUCGUGAAAGACUUGGCCUUUCUCGUGGUGGUGUUAUUCGUCAAGAUUGAUUUCUUAAUGAAGAUACUGUCGAGUGCUUGGAAAAUCAUAAGACAAAUGAGUAAUGUGGCAGCAGCAGCUGCAACUAAUAUUCUCCCAAUGAGCAAUGUGGUUCCUUUAUGGGGAGGGUCUGCCCUUGUUAGUCAUGUUGAAAAAGCAGCAAGUGCUUUACAAAGUGGGCAUGUAAUUGCCAUGCCAACUGAUACUAUUUAUGGAGUUGCAGCACUUGCUCAGAAUAAUGAAGCCAUUGAGAGAAUUUAUGAGAUAAAGAAGCGUAGCUCCUCUAAGCCAUUGGCCAUUUGUGUUGCAGAGGUAGAUGAUGUUUAUGUAUGGGGAGAGGUGACUGUGCCACACUCUUUGCUUACCUCACUUCUGCCAGGUCCUGUCACUUUAGUCUUCAAGCGCACACCCUUACUGAAUCCGGCCCUGAAUCCGGGAACAGACUUAGUAGGUAUACGCAUUCCUGAUCACGCGUUCAUAAGAAAUGUAGUCAAACUUUGUGGUUCUCCUCUAGCCCUGACUAGUGCUAACAUCAGUUCAAAAGAAAGUCCUCUCUCUGUUGAAGAGUUUCAGGAAUUGUGGGGCAAACUGCAUACUGUGUUCGACCACGGUCACCUUGGAAAAGACCAAUUCCGCCGGGAAGGAUCUACCAUCAUUGACCUGUCGCAGCCUGGGGCUUAUAGACUAAUCCGGAGAGGAAGUGCGUAUGAGCAAACAACGCAACUCCUGCACCAGUAUGAUAUUACUUUGAUAGACUGAUUUUCUCUUGGUUUAGUUUAGUGAAGGGAGACAAACAGUUGACAUUUAUCAGUGCCAUUCAAGUAGUGAAAUCCAAAGUAAUGUUUAGCCAGAGACUGCAGCGUGAGAGGAGGGAGGCCGCCAUCAGCGCCUCCCUUAUUACACGACUCAAGGAGGCUGUGCAGAGCGUGUUACAACCUGGCGCUGGAGGCGGUAUUUCGGAUGUAAGGGGGCCCAUGAAGGGAAACCUGGGAGCGAUUGUGGGACACUCGGACAACACCAAUAACCUCUGUAAUGUGAUAGAAGCCAUCCUCAUUCAUGGUCUCCGAGACUCCCUAGGAGAGCGGAUGUCAGCUCUUCUCGGGGCCGACCCUGACAGGAUGCCUGUUCCUAACUUCUGGCCCGUCAUCAUGAUCAUUAGUCACCGGGACCUCAUGGAGCAGGUGGGGGAUCUUUCCUUUAUCACGAGCGAAGUGGGAAGGAGUCGAGCGUGGGUUCGUUUGGCUCUCAACCAGGGCCAGAUCUGUAGCUAUCUCAGCGUUCUGCUCCAGGACAAUCGUACUCUCAAGGAUUAUUAUAGAACGACUGCAGUCUUCCGUGAUCCAGAAAGAGCAGACAUUAUCCUGCGUGUCCUUCAGCCCAUCUCUGCCCUGACCUUCAACUUGGCCACCAAUGCAGCCGUUCUCAACACCUGGACUCAGACCCCGUUGAUUCUAGCCGGACUGUGGGCACCGAGCGUUCAGAGUGUUGUUUCUGACCCAGUGCUUGCAGCCACUGAUGUGGCAAGCACUGUAAUGGAUGAACGCACUGAGGGCAUGAACAUUCCAAUUGUGGAAACCCCUGUCAGCGACCAGAUGUUCGACAUGAUCUUUGGUGGUACUCCAGAGACCAGUUUCAUCAGCAACAUGGAAAGUCGAGAAACCAAGGAUCCCAAGGUCCAGGAGAGCAACGCACUCCAAGCGGGAAAGGAGGAAAAGCUUAACUCUCUCGGCUCACAACAGGGAGGAAGUGAUGCCACCGAGGACAAGAGGGACUCGGCCCUUGAGCCUGCGGAGGGUGCAGGUGACCUACUGGGAUUGCAGGAUCGUGGCAAGAGCCCCAGAGUGGAGGUCCAGAGUCCCCUGGAGGAGAGCCAGAAGCAGCACAGCCGCGACCAUUCCUUUACCAACUCGUCCGAGUGCCGGGACUAUCACAGGACCUACAGCACUGACAGCUCCAUGUCUCGGAGUGUGAUCGAGGGGGCCCCCGAAUACGACCAGCUCUUUCUGGACAUCACUGCGGUGUCGCCGUUCGCCUCCGUGCCUGGCCUGAGCCUCUCUGAUGUCGACCCGGCCUCAUCCAACUCCACUCCCAGCAGAGAAGCAUCACAUGAGUCGUCUCAUUCUGACGAAGCGGAGAAGCUGAAUUACGAGGUUCUGUCGCAGCAGAUUCCCAGUGAUGCGGAGACGGAGCGCCUGAUCCCACUGUUAACGCGACUGACAACUGAGGAAGGACUGGACGCUCAGCAGUAUCAGUGUCAGCAGUGCAAGUCGUACAUAGGAAUGAUCUAUGGGAAGCCGAGGGUAUGCUCCUACGACAGCAAAUACUAUUGCUAUGAAUGCCACGAGGACGAAGUGUGCCUUAUCCCCGCACGAGUCGUUCACAACUGGGACCUGGGUGGUCAUCCUGUGUGCAAGAGGAAUGCCAGCUGGCUCUCUGCAGUCCAGCACCAGCCACUCAUCAACCUGCGUACAGUCAAUCCAAAGCUAUACUGUCAUAUUGAUGAUUUGGCUGAAAUGCAGAUGCUGCGUACCCAGCUGCUGUAUGUGAGGGCAUAUCUGUUUACAUGUAAAACAGGUGUUGGAGAAGAAUUGAGAAAGUUAUUAUGGCCCAGAGAACACCUAUACGAACAUGUCCACCUCUACUCUGUUUCUGAUCUGCAAUUAGUUGCCACUGGUCAGCUAGUUCAGAAGGUCCGCCAAGCCGUCACUUUCGGUCGAGAUCAUGUGGCCCAGUGUCACGUGUGUUCAGCCAGAGGUUUCAUCUGUGAGCUCUGCGAUGAUAAUGAUGUCAUAUACCCUUUCCAGCUUGGCAGCACCCACACUUGUGGAGAGUGCUAUGGAGUGUAUCACGGCCUUUGUGCGAGAGGAAGAAAGGACUGUCCUCGCUGCAUUAGAAGAAGAGCAAGAAAGAGUCAAGAGGGGAGUUAAAAGACCCCGACCUUCACUGCUUAGGAGAAAGGCAGACGGCAUAAGCUCUGCCGUUCCCUUGUUUUCUUCGUCGUGGAAAUGGGACGGAGUCUUUUCGUCCCAUUUCUUUCAGUCGUCGGAUUUGUGGAAGAUCUAGGAUUUGAAUUCUUACUCUGUUAUAGACUUACCCCCAAAGGAAAUUUAGAGAUUUUACGGUGCACGAGAAGGAAACUUUUGUAAGUUAUUGGAACCUUGGUUAUGUAUUAAGCAUUUGGUUUCAAAGCUUCAUACAGGCAAGGGAGAAAAUGGAUAUUUAUUUUGUAAAUCUAUCUCUAUUGUGUAUAAAGAUUUAGUGGUAAUUUAGAUACCUCUAUAGUUUAAAGGAAGAAGUAACAAGAUAAGAAAAGAAAGUCAAUAUUUAUUUACUUUUAAAGAUCAAAUUUUUGAAUUCUUAUGCAUAAGUAUUAUAGCAAUUUCAUGAGCUUCAGUAAAGUUUGAAGUCUAUCACAUUUUCAUUUCUUGUUUUUCAUGGGUCUUGAUGUCGAUGUAUAAAGCCAGUAACACAAUCGCAGUCAUUACUAUAUCUUUCAUAUUCCUAUGUUCUGCGCUGCUGCAUCUCCAAAGGAAUGAUGAUAAUAAAACGUCGUGCCUUUUUAAGUAAUUCCAUUAAUUGUUUGAGUAAAAUUUAAUGUGCAAGUAUAGAUUAAGAUGAAGUUCUAUAUGCUAUAUUGAUUUGAUUUUGAAUAUUCAAUGAAUUAUGCUUAUUGCAAAUGAUAGUUCAACAUAUGCAUUAUUGUUUGUUGUGAAAAACAAGAGGCCGUUUCUAUAUUCAAACCAAAUAAAGACUUGAACAUUUUGUUAGAAUUAAUAAUUGUAUUUUUUUUUUGCCUUGUUUUUCCUAUAUAAUAUAUUAUAUCUAAUUUUGGUAUUUAAUUAUUAUUGCUUAUGACAGGAGGGAAUGAAUGUUGGUUUAAUAAAGUCAUUUGCACACUAAUAUAUUUAUCAUGAUUUGGUAAAAUACUUGUGAUAUUACACCAUUAUUAAGAUUAAAUAAAGUAAUAAAUAUAGAUAAUCAUAAUUUCAUCAUAUUCAUAACUUUUGGUAUGCAGUCUUGAACCAAAUUCUUUGAUGAGAUAAUUUUGUAAAGGAUGUUAAUUUCUUUAUUGCUGUAUGUGGAUGAACUGUAGUUAGUUUAUGAAAAGAAAAUAUACAAGAAAAUAUAAAUAUAAACUGCA